CCACGGGGGGCUCGUUCACGCAACGUACUAUAAGGUUGCACCCAUCUUCCCUCGGUCUGGCAAAACGUCGGGUCUUCCAGAUACUCGUUACCUUGUAUCACCACGCGCGUCUUUGGGUACAUUUAACCCGGCCGGAACCCUACUUGACUUGAUUCAAUCUGUUGUUCACAAAAUCCUAGGAGUCCAGGAUACAGCCUUCGCUGACGACGUCCGCCAAUAUGGCAUCCGCUGGUCAGAAAGCAGCCAAGGUGCUUGGAAUCAAUCUUGACUACCGAAAAGAGCCCGAGGUUUCUGGCGCUGCAUCAAUAUCAUCCGUGGAAACAUACGUCGAGCGCGAACCGACCGCAAAGGAAUGGCUUUCUCGGUUCAAGCCGUCAGCGACCGCCACGAAACGCUACCUACGAAGCUUGUUUCCCUUCUGGGAUUGGAUAUUUCACUACAACUUGACAUGGCUCUUCGGAGACUUCAUCGCCGGCUGCACCGUUGGAUUUGUUGUCAUCCCCCAGGGUAUGGCAUACGCUUUACUGGCGAAGCUUCCUCCUGAGUAUGGACUCUACACCAGUUUCGUCGGCUUCAUCCUCUACUGGGCUUUUGCUACAUCCAAGGACAUCACCAUUGGUACCGUUGCUGUUAUGAGUACCAUUGUCGGCAACAUUGUCACAAAGAUCCAGGAAAAACAGCCAGAGAUCGAAGCCGUGGACAUUGCCCGGGCUCUUUCCGUUAUCGCUGGUUCCGUUCUCCUGUUCAUCGGUCUCACACGUCUUGGAAGGAUCGUCGAGCUCAUCCCUCUUGUUGCGAUCACCUCGUUCAUGACAGGCGCAGCCAUCUCCAUUGGAGCCGGACAGGUCCCAGCCCUCAUGGGUAUCUCUGGCGUCAACACACGUGGUCCCACGUACCUAGUCGUCAUCGACACCCUCAAAGGCCUUGGACGCACAAAGCUGGAUGCCGCUAUGGGAUUGACUGCCCUCUUCAUGCUCUACGCCAUCCGCAUCUUUUGCAACUUCAUGUCGAAGAAGCAGCCGUCGAAGCAAAAGGUCUGGUUCUUCGUCAGCACACUGCGGAUGGCCUUCGUCAUUCUCCUCUACAUCAUGAUCAGCUGGCUCGCCAACAAGGACAUCCCAGGUCUCCACAAUGCGAAAAACGAUGUCAAGAUGGCCAAGUUCAAGAUUCUGGGUCGUGUGCCGCGAGGAUUUCAGCAUGCCGGUGCCCCGAACAUGGACACCAAACUUCUCUCAGCAAUCGCACCUGACAUUCCAGUUACGAUCAUCGUAUUAAUUCUCGAACAUAUCGCGAUCUCAAAGUCUUUCGGGCGCAUCAACAACUACGUCAUCAACCCCUCGCAAGAACUCGUCGCCGUCGGAUUUACGAAUGUUAUUGGUCCAUUCCUUGGUGCCUACCCGGCCACCGGCUCGUUCUCGCGAACCGCUAUCAAGUCCAAAGCAGGUGUCCGUACCCCGCUCGCUGGUAUCUUCACUGCAGUCAUCGUCCUCCUCGCCUUGUAUGCUUUGACGGCAGUCUUCUUCUACAUCCCUUCGGCCGCGCUUGCCGCCGUCAUCAUUCACGCUGUCGGCGAUCUAAUCACGCCACCCAACGUGGUCUUCCAGUUUUGGGAAACGUCACCUCUGGAAGUAGUGAUUUUCUUCGCAGGUGUCUUCGUAACAAUCUUCACGAACAUCGAAAACGGCAUCUACGUCACCAUCGCGGCCUCAUUCGCACUCCUGCUUUGGCGCCAGCUGUUCACUCACGGAGCCGUUCUAGGCAGAGUCAGGAUCUACAUUGCCAGUCCCGAAACUAUGGCCAACAAGGACGAUGGUCACUUCACUCCUGGAACUACCGCUUCUGUUCGUGAGGCUUUCAUCCCAAUCAGCCGCAAGGAUGGCUCAAACCCGCUGGUCGACAUCGAAUCUCCGUACCCCGGAAUACUCAUCUACCGUUUCACCGAGGGCUUCACAUAUCUCAACCAGCAAGGCUACAUGGAUGAACUCGUGCAUCAUGCGCAGACUAUUUCCCGCCCAACGACACUGGACAAGUACCAAAAGAUCGGUGAUCGACCAUGGAACGACCCAGGCCCACGUCGCGGACAACAAAUCAACGUCGACGACAACCGACCCAUCCUCCGCGCCAUAAUCCUAGACUUCAGCGCCGUCAACAACGUCGACGUAACAUCAAUCCAAGGACUCAUCGACGUACGCGCGCAACUCGACCGCCACGCCGCACCCGAAACAGUAGAAUGGCACUUCGCCUCAAUCAACAGCCGCUGGACCAAACGCGCCCUGACAACCGCUGGCUUCGGUUACAUCGACCGCGAACGUUUUGCCGCACGCCAGCACUGGAACCCAGUGUACAGCUACGCACCUCUCGAUAACUCGGGCUCGAAGUUGCAGGACGAAGAGGCGCAGGAUGAGAUUAGCGUUGUUAAUAGGAGUAAGGGUCUGCCGAGUGGUAAGGUGACUACCGUGCAUGGGCAGAACAGACCGUUCUUCCAUAUUGAUGUGGCCGCGGCUGUUGAGAGUGCUAUUGCGGGUGUUAAUGGGAAGUUGGCGCAGACUAGCUCGGGGAGCUCACAUGAACAUGAAGUUGGGCAGGCGGAGUUUACGACCAAACAGGAUUAGAUAGACCGUUGUAUACAUCUUUCGCUUUGCCAGAUUUUCGGCACACUCAUCCAUACAUCGAAUACUUCUCUAGCGUGACUAGCGCAGCCA